CUAGAUGAAAUUGUAGUCCUUCAUAAUGAUUUGGAUGCAAUUAUAGCUGACCUGGAAGGCGACGGACAUUCAACUGACUCAGAUGACAACUGACAGCGAACUCCAGGAGUUGAUUCAAAUUAGACCCGCUGAAACUACUGUGGUAGAAAAUACAACGGAUAACCCUACAGCAAUGCUUCCAGCAGUGAAGGCUCAUAUAUUGCCUUCAAAAUCGUUAAACCAAUUGAAGCAUGUAAUUGAAACAACAAAGAAAACCACCAUCAUGCAGCCGAUCAGUCAAACUGGUAUAAAUGCAUUCAAAAAAGUAUAGUGCUAAUGAAAUCGGAAAUCCAAACUACCGAGCGACAAUUGGCGGUGGAAAUGGAUAAGAGCGAAAAACUGCGAGACCUUCUUAAUCAAGACGAGGAACUUCUAAAACAGUUAGACGAGGACAGAAAACGCGUACGUGAACAGAAAAUUAGGAGGAAACGGCAAAUGGACGAUGCGAAGAAAUAG